CAUUGCGACACAGCAGGUCACCUCCUGGCUAUAACCCCAGCGCAGGGCAGCGGGCCAGGCUGUGUGUUCCUCCCACUCCUCUCCACAGAUACAGACACACACACCCACACACACACACACACUCACACACCCAGCAAAGCAGAGCGGCACCGUGAGCUCAACCCGGCCAGCCAAGGUUACUCAUCAGUCUGCUGCUUCUCCUCCACGUUUCCUCCACCGACCCUGUAUGGUAAAAAAUGGAGACCUUAAAUCAGAAACUAAAUGCCUACUUUGAAACAUGGAUGGGUCCCAGAGAUAAGAGGGUGCAGGGAAUGCUCCUGCUCGACAGUUACCUACCAACCUUUGCACUCACAGUCAUAUACCUUCUGAUUGUGUGGAUGGGGCCCAAGUACAUGAAGCACAGGCAGCCAUACUCCUGCCGAGGCCUCAUGGUGCUCUACAAUCUGGGAAUCACCUGUUUGUCCUUCUACAUGUGGUAUGAGCUUGCUACGACUGCAUGGUACGGUGGAUACAACUUCUACUGCCAGGACACUUACAGCGCCCCAGAAGUGGAUGAAAAGAUCAUAAGUGUCCUUUGGUGGUACUAUUUCUCCAAGCUGCUCGAGUUCAUUGACACCUUUUUCUUCAUACUGCGGAAAAACAAUCACCAAAUCACAUUUCUCCACGUCUACCACCACGCCAGCAUGCUGAACAUCUGGUGGUUCGUCAUGAACUGGAUACCCUGCGGUCACUCAUAUUUCGGGGCCUCCCUGAACAGCUUUGUCCACGUUGUGAUGUAUUCCUACUACGGCCUCGCAGCCAUUCCCGCCCUCCGACCGUACCUCUGGUGGAAGAGGUACAUCACCCAGCUGCAGCUGAUCCAGUUUUGUUUGACCGUGAUGCAGACGGCGUUGGCAGUCGUCUGGCCGUGCGGCUUCCCCAUCAGAUGGCUGUACUUCCAAAUAAGCUACAUGUUCUCGUUCAUUGUCCUUUUCUCUAAUUUCUACUUCCAGACUUACAAGAAGCGCAUCCAUUCUCAAAAGACGGAGCAUCAGAACGGUUCCUCUGCGUCGGUAAACAGACACGCCAACGGAACGGCGUCGAUGGAGCACACAGCGCCCAGAAAGCUCCGGGUGGAUUGAUAUUUGAGAAACUACCGCCAGUUUCCCACUGUAGCCCGUUAGGUUAUGCUGCUAGAGUUAUAUGUAUAUUUUUAUCUAGAAUAGACCAGACCAGCACUCACUUCAGAUAAAAUAAGCCAUAGCCACAUACAGCACAUGCAGAAACUUUUCCUUUAUUUCCCUCAUAAAUACAAAACAGGUCUGAACUACUGAAUCAUUAUAGCGCUAAGUGACGAGUACUGUAGUAUUCCUGAAUCUUUACACUACUCCUCCCUUGCCUUUUGGUCCUUUAAUUGCUAAAAAAAAAGGUCAGUGCACACAAACAUUGAAAAAUUCAGCAAUGCUUUGCACAACAAAGGUCCAAAGAUUAACGACAGAGCAUGUUGGCAGAAUAUUUUAUAGCACAUCAUGAUAUCAGUUUAAGGGACGCUUUAAAACAAACAGCAAUUAUUAUGUUUUUUUAAAAGUGUAACUGCAUUAUGAUACAUAUGUGUCUCACUUUAUCGUAUUCCUGCGUGCACGGUUGCACAAUCCAAACUUUUAGUCUCAGUCAGGUGCUUUUUUCAGGUCGGUUUGAAAUGCCAAACUGUCUCAUCACGACCAAAGCUCUUAUUAGUAUUCAGGUUAACUGUGUAACUGUGGUCACAGUGUGAAAGGAGAGCUACUGUGUUUUCAAAUGCAGGACAAUAAAUGAUCCAACUUUAAAGGAGUUUUGUCUGAAUAAUAAUUCUCCUUUCACACUGUGUUGCAUCGACUCCAUUAUUCAUCUGAGAAAUUAUGCAGGGCAUUACGAGAAAUGCAAAAACCUUAAAUGUUUAGUUGUCUGUUCUUGGCAGUCACAUAAGCUUUCAACACUACAUAUUUUUUACCUGAAUAAGCUGAUGUUCAGAAGGUUCUGCAGUAAAGUAAGUGCUAAAAACUCUAAUAUGACUGAAUAGUUUGGUAUCAACACUGCACAGUUUUAAUGGUACUUAAAAAUCUAGAUUUAUCCCUAAAUUUGAACAUCAGACGAAAAAAAAAAAAAAAAAUUUCAAUCAGAAAAAAUUUGUUUCAAAUCCCUGUCUGUGAAUGGCAUUAGUAGUACAGGUAUGAGUAACUCUGCUUGCUCUUUAAUAGAUGUGUUUUGCAGCAGACAUUUUGACUAUUGAAUGGCUAAAAAUAGCGAAGGUUCCUCUCAGUGAUCCAGUGAACCUUGGCAGUAUGCAGACCAGCAGCAGCACCAUCUUACAAAGGGAGGCAAUGGAAAAAGUUAAUGGAGUUAACUGCUGUUAACUGUUUCUGUUAGGACAAUUCAAGAAGGUUGCUUUGAGAAAACAACCCUCUGAAACUCCCAUCAAAACAUUUCAAGCACCUUACAUUCUUAAACAACACACAUGCCAAAGUAUUUUCCAUGCAAUAUUAAUGUUUUAUAUGGAAUUUCAGUUUUGGAAUUCAAUAUUUAUCUAGACUCAAACUGUGAAACAAACAUUUAUCAUCCCAACUUUCCCAGAAUCAUUAAUCAGCAAAAUGCUGAAGUUAGCUACCAGAUCUGGCAGUGUGGUUAAGGCUAUUUCACUCGUUUCUUUGACAUCUGGACCAAUUUGGUCAGUAAUACUUUGACUUGUCAAAUCUGGACUGUAUGAAAUGCAAUAAAAAAAAAAAUGAAAGAAACCGUGGCCAUCCAAUUUGGUGACCAGACAUUGCUGUAGAGGUUAAUAUGCUUUUGCUUUUCUAAUACAAUGAUAAUAACAGAAAUACAUAAAAUGUGAUGUUUAAGGCCACUCACGUAUUAAAAAUUCAAGCUUAUAGCAUUUCUAUAAAUGUGCUGCCUUCUGGACCAGCUAAUAUAUUUUGUCACGCAGCUUAGAAUGUUAUAUUGUCAUUUUCUCUAAUCAAAUUCAUCAAAAGUGUUUAGUUCCUUCAGAAUCCAUCAUGUUGAUUUGUAUCUCACUAACAAUUGAAAAUCAGAAAUGUUCAGUUUUUUUA